AUGGCCACCAAAACUCCCGCAGCUAUUUUCUUCUCAGCGCUACACUACUCAGACCACCAGAUCGGGAUCUUCAUGACACUGACGCUGCUGGGCGAUGUUUUCCUCGGGACGUUCUUAACGCUGAUCGCAGACCGUGUUGGCCGACGGCGGGUGUUGAUGGGCGGAUCGUUCUUGAUGGUCCUGAGCGGGUUCAUCUUCGCCAUCUUUGAGAACUUCUGGAUCCUGCUGGCCGCAGCUAUCUUGGGUGUUAUCAGUGUGACUGGUGGAGAUUUUGGCCCGUUCAGGAGUAUUGAAGAAUCGAUGCUAUCACAACUAACAUCGCCGUCGACACGAGCAGACGUGCUCGCAUGGUACGUGACGACCUCGACACUGGGAUCAAGCGCGGGCAGCGAAGCCUCUGGACGAAUCAUCCACUACCUGAAAGACCGACGAGACUGGACGGAAGUCGAUACAUAUCACGCGCUGUUCUGGGUAUACACGGUCAUGGGCCUGGUUAAUGCGCUUCUGGUCCUCCCGCUGACUUCCGCGUGUGAAUUGGACACGACGAAGGCCGACUCGAAUGACGACGCUUACACACAAGUCCCGCAAGAUGAAGAUAUCGCACCAACGGAGCGGAGUCCGACUGCUGCGAUCGCGGAGAACACAGCUGCAUUCACACCACCAACUCCGCCACUCCAGCCCAUGCCCUCACCCUCUCACAGCUGGCUAUCACGAACCAGGAACUGGGCGACCAACAACUUGGCCCGAAUCUCAUCCACCACGCGAAAUAUCAUGUACAAGCUCUGGUUCCUACUAGCGAUCGACUCACUUGCCGACGGGAUGGUGCCAUACAGCCUGACGAACUACUACAUGGACGUGAAAUUCCACCCAGCAAAGUCAACGCUCGGCGACAUCACGUCCAUAAGCUACUUCCUGGGCGCGAUCGGCGCAGCCUUUGCAGGCCCUCUCGCGCGCAAGAUUGGGCUGAUCAACACGAUGGUGUUCACACACGUGCCGUCCUCAGCUGCGGUUCUGUUUUUCCCGUUUCCGCCAUCGCUGUGGCUGACUGCCGCGUUGCUGCUGCUGCGCACGGGGCUGAACAACAUGGACCAGGCGCCGCGCUCGGCGUUCAUCGCCGCGGUCGUCAGGCCCGAGGAGCGGACUGCCGCGAUGGGCAUCACCAGCAUGGUGCGCACGCUGGCGGCGAUGGCUGGCCCUUCCGUCACGGGUGUGCUGGCGUCGAAUAAGAAGUUCUGGAUCGCGUUCGUGUUUGCGGGCGUUUGCCGCUUGGCCUAUGAUUUUGGUCUGUAUGCCAUGUUCGUCAACAUGAAGCUGCAUCAGCAUGAAGGCGGCCCCGGCAGCGGGAAAGACGAAGAAGGGCCCCGCCCUAACCGCUACCACCAUCGGCACCGUCGUCAACAAUCCAAUAUCGACGAUGCCGAGGACCUAGAAAUGGGCAGUUUGGCCGGAUCUUCGUCAUCGGGUUCUUUGGAUGACGCCCGUGACGGAGCACAGGUGACCGCUACGCCGAAGAGUAAAGACAUGACGACAGAGAAGUUUUCGCACAACAGUAGUACGAGCGGUGCGCUCCAGGUCCCGUCCAGGGGGUCUGCGGCGUACGGUGCUGAGAGAGCCCGUAGCAGGAGUCCGCACGGGCCGACGGCGCUGAUGGAUUAA